GGAGCGGGGCCGGCGCCGCGGCAGCUUCUCCUCGCCGAGCUGCUGCCGCCGCCGGGCGGACGGGCGGACGCGCGGAGCCGGGGGCCGCGCGGCCGGGCCGGCGGGGCGCGGCGGGGCUGACCGGCCCCGAUGAGGCGGAAGGAGAAGCGGCUUCUGCAGGCGGUGGCGCUGGUGCUGGCGGCCCUGGUCCUUCUGCCCAACGUGGGGCUCUGGGCGCUGUACCGUGAGCGGCAGCCCGACGGCACCCCCGGAGGAUCGGGGGCGGCGGUGGUCCCGGCGGCCGGACUGGGCUCCCACAAUCAGCAGAAGAAGAUAUUUUUCCUGGGAGAUGGGCAAAAGCUGAAGGAUUGGCAUGACCAAGAAGCCAUCAGGAGGGACGCCCAGCGCGUAGGAAAUGGAGAACAAGGGAGACCUUACCCCAUGACCGACGCUGAGCGAGUGGAUCAGGCAUACCGAGAAAAUGGAUUUAACAUUUACGUCAGUGAUAAAAUCUCCCUGAAUCGCUCUCUCCCUGAUAUUCGGCACCCAAACUGCAACAGCAAGCGCUACCUGGAGACACUCCCCAACACCAGCAUCAUCAUCCCCUUCCACAACGAGGGCUGGUCCUCCCUCCUCCGCACCGUCCACAGCGUGCUGAACCGCUCGCCCCCGGAGCUGAUCGCCGAGAUCGUGCUGGUUGAUGACUUCAGUGAUCGAGAACACUUGAAGAAGCCACUUGAAGACUAUAUGGCCCUCUUCCCCAGUGUGAGAAUUCUUCGAACCAAGAAGCGGGAAGGGCUGAUAAGGACCCGGAUGCUGGGGGCCUCUGCAGCAACUGGGGAUGUCAUCACAUUCUUAGACUCACACUGUGAAGCCAAUGUCAACUGGCUCCCCCCCUUGCUCGACCGCAUCGCCCGGAACCGCAAGACCAUUGUGUGCCCGAUGAUUGACGUGAUCGACCACGAUGACUUUCGGUACGAAACGCAGGCGGGCGAUGCCAUGCGGGGCGCCUUUGACUGGGAGAUGUACUAUAAGCGGAUACCGAUUCCUCCAGAACUUCAGAAAGCUGACCCAAGCGACCCAUUUGAGUCUCCCGUGAUGGCCGGUGGACUGUUCGCUGUGGAUCGGAAAUGGUUCUGGGAGUUGGGUGGGUACGACCCAGGCCUGGAGAUCUGGGGAGGGGAGCAGUAUGAAAUCUCAUUCAAGGUGUGGAUGUGUGGGGGCCGGAUGGAGGACAUUCCCUGCUCCAGGGUGGGCCAUAUCUACAGGAAAUAUGUACCCUACAAAGUCCCCGCUGGAGUCAGCCUGGCCCGGAACCUGAAGCGAGUAGCCGAGGUGUGGAUGGACGAAUACGCCGAGCACAUUUACCAACGCCGGCCAGAGUACCGCCACCUGUCUGCUGGGGACGUCGCUGCCCAGAAGAAGCUCCGCAGCUCCCUUAACUGCAAGAGUUUCAAGUGGUUUAUGACCAAGAUCGCGUGGGACCUCCCCAAAUUUUACCCGCCGGUGGAGCCCCCGGCGGCAGCUUGGGGAGAGAUUCGCAACGUGGGCACAGGGCUGUGUGCUGACACGAAGCAUGGGGCCCUGGGCUCCCCGCUGAGGCUGGAGAGCUGUGUCCGGGGCCGUGGGGAGGCUGCCUGGAACAACAUGCAGGUGUUCACCUUCACCUGGAGAGAGGACAUCCGACCUGGAGACCCCCAACACACGAAGAAGUUCUGCUUUGACGCCAUCUCCAACACCAGCCCGGUCACCCUCUAUGACUGCCACAGCAUGAAGGGCAACCAGCUGUGGAAAUACCGCAAAGACAAGACCCUGUACCACCCCGUCAGCGGCAGUUGCAUGGACUGCAGUGAAAGUGACCACAGGAUCUUCAUGAACACCUGUAACCCCGCUUCUCUGACCCAGCAGUGGCUGUUUGAACACACCAACUCGACAGUCUUGGAAAAAUUCAACAGGAACUGAGCCCUGGUGUCUUAGCGGGCCUGGUGGGGUCCUCUCCUGGCGCUUCCGGCAGCCUUCCCCUCCCGAGGGAGGCAGGGCUUCCGUGGGCAGCGUGACGUGAAAGGCGCUGGCCAACAGGUCUAGGGCAGAGAGGGCUCUGACGGCUGGAGCAGGAGGCCCACCUGUUCCUUGAGGCCCAGUGGUAGCCGCGGGGUGGACAACAGACCCCACAUGAGGCCCCACAAAGAGCAGUGCCUGCUUUAAUCCCUGACGGCAUCAUGGAAAUCUAGGAGGGCCUUACCAACUUUGUCACCACGUUCCUUUGGGCAUUAUGUGGGAGAAAUGCCAAGGCAGCCCUAGGCUACCCGAAAAUGGGUCCUACAAGGUUACCUAGCCUUGAGAUGGCUCGUAUGUGACGGCCCUUUAGAAAGAGAAGCGCCUGUUGUCCGUCUGGGCACUUGUAGCACCUCUGCUGUCUGUCCGCUGCAGAAGGGGAGGGAGGGAGUCUUUCUUGGGGCCACUGGUUUCAGCCAUUUAGUUUCUGCCUGUCAUGGAGUAGCUGAGUAACUACAGUUACUGCCCGGCUUCUGUUCUGUCACAGCCCCAGGCGAUGCAUUCGAAGGCCGUACCUGGGCCCUCAGAGCAUCCAGUACUGAACACUGGCCAGCUGCCAGGCCUGGGGUCAGAAGCUGGACCUCUAGACGUUCCUUUGCCGCCAUGGACACAUGGGAUGUCUCUCCUUGCUCUCUGGGCACAAGACAGCUCAGCCACCAGCUCUUCAGGGCUGGGUUUCAGAUGACUUGGGCCCAUGGAAAAGGCCUAGUAGAAGACCUCCAAACCAGAUAUUCUGGCUGAAUUUCCCUUAUCAGUGCUUCCAUUUUCCUCUUUCUCUCUUGGGCAAUUACCUGCCUCAAGAAAGGAACAGAUGUGUGAAGUGCUCACCUCACAAAGUCUGGAGGCCUCCAAGGUGGACCGGGGGCGAGAUGCCCAGCCUCUGACCUCAUCGCGGCUCCAGUUCUCACACAGAACUCUAGAAUUUUUAUAGAACUGUAUCAUUGGAUCACAAACUAGAACGCUACAUAGGAUUCUGGUAUUCUAGCAUCCAGUUGGGAUUUCUAGAAUGCUGCGAUUUAAAAGAGCCAGCCAAGUGUAAUAUAGUUAAGGCAUCCAGCCCCCAACCUAGAGACAAUCUUUGAAAUCCGAGGUUGGUGGUGUCCGGGGGGGGGAGGGGGGGGUAAGGGAUGGGUGACCCAUGUCCGUCCGUCAGCUCGUACCGGAGGCCUCGGUAUGACACGGUCCACAGUGCAGACCCGAAGCCCUGCACCCUCCACCGCCUUCACAGCUGCAGUGGAGGAGGGUCCCACGAACAGGCAGACACCCAGCUCCAUGCCAGUCCCUCGUGUUUACCUUUUGCUUUGUUAAUUAUGUGUCGGGCUCCCAGAGGGCUCCCAAGCUAAUAGGAAGCAUUUCUGUGACCAACCUGCCACCCACUGAUUCAGAAAUGGAAAUCGCAUUCUACAACCUAUGGCUCCCACCAGCUAGUCCAGGAAAUACUUGAAACCAGUGUUCCAAUUAGAGCUGGGUCUCUCGAUUGUGUCAUUUACCAAUUAAAUGAGACAUUAAUCUGGGAACAGAGCCACGAAUCUGCCUUUGAGAUGCUGGCUGAUCUCAAGGCCAUCAGUUAUCAGGGGCGGGGAGGCAGAUAAAACACUCCUAACCACCACCACCCCAAUUAAGCAUAUAGCUGGCAAAGCAUCACUUCCUCCACUUCUGCCCCCACACACACCCUGCCCUGGCCGCCUGUCCCCAGGAGAGGUGGCCCCUGUGCGUGCAACAGCUUGCUUGAUCCCUUCUUGUUGAUCCCUCCGUGUCUUUUCCAAACGAGUGCCAUAUCUUUAGAAGUGGCCCUCCAUAGGAAGGAGUCCAAAGAGGAGGCCCCUUCUGGGAUCUAGGAGAACAAGAGUUGCAGUUUGGAGAACUGAGGGUUCAUCAUCAGAGAGCAAAGCAGCAUCAUUAAAAUAAAAACUGUGCCUUUUAAAAAGAAAAAAAUGCAAAUGUACAGCAAAUCCCUAAACUUGAACAAUUUCCUAGUGCCUUGCUAGACAAACAUAAAGGGGCAGGGUUGGGGGCGGGGGAGGGGAAACUUUCGUGGUAGUGUGUGCAGUUUCUGUUGGAUGAGUGUGUGUUUCUUGACUUCUGAUUUCAAGCAGGAGACGUUGGGCCUAGGGCAGGAUCUGGGAGGCGGAGAUGCCCCUCAAGGGCCAGAGGCUGGAAUUAUUCCAGUUCAUGGCAAGUAACCCUCCAAGUUAAAAGGGCAGCUGGACAACUCAUUUUGUCUGUGGCCUAGAAGGGCCUCAGCAACCCCUGGGAGAGGGCCCUGUUUGUAGACCACGCCUGGAGUCCCCCACCCCAGCCCCCACACGGAGCGCAGCGCACUCGCUAGGUCUCCAGAUGUCCCAUUCCAAGUGGGUGACAGUGUCCUCGGCAAGACCAGGACUCCUGUGGAAAGCAGGUGCAGCACCAAGCGGGCUUCAGCUUUCCUCUGUCCCAUUCUUGGGUCCUCCAUUAGGGUCUGCUUUUGCACCCUCGACGGGAUGGGCAGGUCCUCUGAGCAGCACUUGAUGAGCCCUCACCAGGAGGUGCUGGGACUCGGCAAAGUGUGUAAGAGGGGAAGGAAGAGGUUCACGGCUCAGCUGACCAACUGACUGGUUACAAAUACCACUGGUUGCUUUGGCCUCCUUUUUGAAAACCACCUGUCUCAGAGAUCCAGGUUCCUGCCCACACUGCCAGCCGAUGCUCAGUACAGCAGCCAGGACCUGUGGAGACGCUCUCAUCUGGGUCAUGGGUGAGAACGUGGGCCCCUUUGCCUCCCUUUAUUCUGAGCAUGAGGUCACAAAACAGGGUGCAGCCAGAAAGCAUCAUGACCGUGUGGCUCACCAGCAGCCUUUCCAGAGGGGGAACUCCGGAAACAUUUUGGAAUGCGGAGAGCCUCUUUGCUGUAAAUACAAGGCCUUUGGAGGUGGCUAAAUGUUCAGGCACACGUGUGAAAAGCCAUUCUACCGUGUGCCUCCCCCUGGAGCUUUCAACUUUUAAAAUAGUCCAGGAACCGCCCCUUCUCCCCUUGUGGAAGAAUUAGUUCAGAGGCAGAGGGGGGCACUUCCACGGGGGGCGGGGGGGUGACAUUAGGCCUAGGGGAGAAAGAGCAGUUCCUGUUGAAGAUGCGGCAUAUAGAUUCCCAAAGUGCACCCUAUAUUCACUUUCCAAACCUACCUGUCGAAUUUCUCUCUCUCCUUAAGAAAGAGAUGAUACCCUUGAAAAUGGCUCCCUGUUUCUUUCCGUGUAUCUUCAUUUUUCUAGUCUCUGGAAUCUCAAAAGCGUGGCAAAGCACUUUACGGUAGUAACCGAGAAUUACUCUGACUGGGGAUUCCUUGCUUCAGUGGUCUCUAGUGUGUACAGAUUGGGCGAUCUUUUAUAAUUCCUGGGAGGCAAUGCAUUUUUAAUGUUUUCUGAAGAUUUUUAAGCGUGGGAGAGGGGCAAGGAGUGCAGUCCAAUUCUGGAAUUCUUUUCUACUUUCCACCGAUGCUCUUUGUGAAAAUCGAAGUAAUAUUUCAGUUCAAACUUGAUCUUGAGCCAAGGCCAAGGCCCACUGCCGCCUCUGGGGUGGGUGUUGGACCUACAUCCCAAGUGACAAGGUCCUCUUAGCAUCCGCUCCCCAGAUGGCUUUGAUUCAGCCUCUCCAGACAACAGGGUUGAGCUCCUGCUCUGUUUUGGGCGUGAAGCCUGGGAUCCCAAAGGGACUACAGGCAGGGAAUAUUGAGAUGGCAGACUGGGAUUCUAAACAGAGAGCUCAAGACCACCAACCUCUCUUCUCCUGCCCGGAAAAGUGAGCCUUUGUGAUGAACUGACUUACUGUGUACAAUUGUGAUUGUUGUUGAGUAAACCUCCAGACUUUGUCUAA